GUUGGAAGAGAACAAGCCAAGACGCCGACACACACAGCAAGAGAGGCCAUGCUCCGGCUAGAGAUCAGGGCCCAGCGGGUCAUAUGCUCAAGGCAACUCGCAACACUCCUUUAUACCGCUCGAGCGACCCCUCGGCAUUUUGCACGCCCAUCGGCACAAUCAUUUUCAAGUCUCCGGCGGCAUGGGCACAGCAAUCAGAGCACGGCAGGUACUGUCAGAUGUAAUGCCACCAAGUCAACAAGCACUAAAGAGAAAACAAGCAAGGGCGAGAGAGAAGACUUGACGGAAGAGCAAAAGGCCAAGAUUGCGGAACAAGAAGAAGCCAUUGUCAAGUCGGCAUUGGGUACGGGUCAAGUCGAUGUUGAGACUGGACUGCCAGCGAAAUCAUCGAAGAACGAGAAGAAACUGACGCUCUGGGAGAAAGUAAAGAAGGAAGCAGCGCAUUACCGAGACGGCACGAAGCUGCUUGUAUUUGAAGUCAAGCUCUCCUUCCGCCUUGCUCUCAAAAUGGCGGCAGGUCACGAACUGACUCGUCGAGAAUGGCGACAAUUCAAGCGCACCGUACAGGACUUGCUCCGGCUGGUGCCCUUCUCGGCCUUUGUCAUUGUGCCUUUUGCAGAGCUCUUGCUCCCUGUCGCCCUCAAGAUCUUCCCAAACAUGUUGCCCUCGACGUAUGAAGGUGCCAAGGCGAAAGAAGCCAAGGCUCAAAAGUUAACGACGACACGAGAGGGCGUCAGUGGCUUCUUGAGAAAGACGAUUCAGGAGUCUGGCUUGCCGCUCUCGGCGACUACCAGACAACGCGAGGAGUUUGUCGCCUUCUUCAAAAAGGUACGAUCAUCUGCUGUCAGCCCAACACAUGAGGAUAUUGUCAAGGUCUGUCGCAUUUUCAAGGACGACUUGACACUCGACAACUUGUCGCGGCCGCAAUUGAUUGCCAUGUGCCGAUACAUGAACUUGUCGUCUUUUGGAACAGACACACUGCUGCGCUACAACAUUCGUCAUCGUAUGCGGCAAAUCAAGCGCGACGACAAGGCUAUUGCAUACGAAGGCGUCACCUCCUUGAGUGUGCCUGAGCUGCAUGCCGCCUGUCAGUCCCGCGGCAUUCGCACACAGGGCUCCUCACCAGGUCACUUGCGUGACGAGCUCAAGCAGUGGCUUGACUUGCGUCUCAAACACCGUGUGCCAUCGACUUUGCUCAUCUUGUCGAAUGCCUUUAGCUAUGGCCACAAUGAUGGCAAGCCAGAGUCCUUCUACGAUGCUCUGGUUGCAACGCUCUCUAGUCUACCGGAAGAGCUGUACCACGAGGCUGAGCUCGAAGUGUCGUCUCUCGAAGGCCAUGCCACCAACAAGCAGCGUCUGGAUGUGCUGAAGGAGCAGGCCGAUUUGAUUGCGGAAGAGGCAGCGCAGGAGAAGGAGAGCAAGACACGCGUCUCUGACCGGGAGGACCUCGACAAGGAGGACGAACAGGAGCCUGUGGCCUCUGAUACUGCUGACGCGGCGUCUGAGUCCUCUGCCAAGGGUGAUGCUGCUGGAAGUGCCAACAGAAAGUAGAUGAUGGUCGCUGCUGUAUCUCGCCGUAGAAUGGAUUUUCCCAUCUCAAAAGACACAGACAACGACAAGUUCAAGCUUCUUGAUCUGUUGAUUCCCCAUCUCCUUCUCAGACAAGACUAUACAAGCAUAGAUGAGCACGCAGCAGCUCAAGCAGGACUACUUGCCUAUUGUGCCAGAGAAUCUGUUGCACAACACGCAAAACGUGGCAUUCGUGCGCAACAUGACAGCACCUAUCCUGGGUCUCGUUGCCGGCGUGCUGGGCUUGACUGGCUUCACGGGCUUUGCUCUGUUUUUGGCUGGUAGCAUCGCCGUAUCUCUAUGCAUCUAUGCUCUACGAAUGCCAGAGGUGGCAGAUGCCAAGACCAUUUCGCGACAUGGACGCGCUACACGCUACUUGGGUGACCCGUGGUCGCUGUGGCUCGGCGUUGUGUCUGGCAGCGGAGGACUUCCUACCUAUCUUCUCACAUGGACUCUCUUCUAUGGUCUUGUACAC